CAGGCCUGCCGCUACACAACUACCUGUGUGUGUCUACCGUGUAGCGCAUGAUUUGACGAGAUUUUUUCUUGGCCAACGCUACGGGUUCAUUAAAAUCCAAUCGAACACGACUUAGUUUUUAGCAAUGCAUCCGCAACGCAAGUAGUUUAUUCAUCGAGUACGAGUUUGCACAGAUAAAACGCAGGCACAAUUUAUUUGAAUUUCGCCGAUUAUUUCAUGGUUUUGCGUAUAUUCAUGUAAGUGGCACAAUUGGCACAACAUACCGCUCAUUAGAUCGGAAUUUGUGGCUGCAGGGUGUUUCUGUUUCCUUGCGCAGAAAGGCCCUUUUUGUUACAUUCGUAUAGACAGUAGUGAACACGAAGAGCAAGAAUAGAAACUAAUGAUGAACAUUUUCGCUGAUAAACCCGCUCAUCAUUCGUGACGGCUAUGUCCGAAGUGACGUCGAUUUUUUAUCCUGGGCGGCGCAAUUCGCACCUUCCUUUGAAGCUUGCCGAGAAGUUUGAGGUGGAGAAGCCGACCGAGAUAAAAUGGGCACACGCGGUAAAAUACAGACAAAAAACGAACGGAUUGUCAUUUGCGAAAAAUACAUGAUGUAAAUCAGUUUUAGCUAUUUGAGGACAAAUAUUCAAACUCGAUGCUUCAGUUCAAAGCUCACCAGCAGGUUCGUUUCAUAAACAACACACACCACUUGCUGUUUCUGUGCAGUCGACAUACAUGAAACUCUGAUAAUAUCUUCUCUUCAGGUCAACACCCGCAGCAAGCUGGAGGAUGCGUUGCAAGGGGAUUGUCACAUGAUCGAGGCCGAUGUGUCUUUUGGCCCAUACGACGAGAACACGGAGCCUUCGGAUUCCAUCUGGAACGCUUGUCGCGGGCCCACGCUUCCCAGAACCGCAAGUACGGGAUCCGUGAACAGCACAUCGUCGACAAGCGCCUCCGGAGUGCCUCCUGCUGGCAACGGAACCAUAAACAAUAACAGCUCUUCCUCGUCCCAGAUGGAGCUCAUCAUGGCGCACCCGCCGCAGCAGCCUGGCAGCAACCUGAGCUUCCGCAAAUUCUGCGAGAAACUCAUCGCUCACAGCAUCGCGGUGGAGCGCAUGCAGCGCGAGACGGCGACGCUCGGGGGCGCGGGUAACGUAGCUGCCGCCCAAUUCCUCGAGAGUGUGUUUUCGCAAGACCAAAUUGAACGCAUGUCGCAUUGGCUACCCGCGAGUCCCAUGUCCCUCUCGAGGCUAACAUCGCGAGAACUCGCCUUUGGUUCCGCGCCGCCACUAACUACCGGGGAAGAGGAUCAAGGUGAUGAUCCUGUGAUAGUGCGGGGCUCACUGCAGAUCGGCGGAAGUCAGUCGUCCACCAGUCGUGCAGCUGGAGCUGCACCACCAGCCAAAAAGUCGAUUACCAGCCAGCCGCGCAGUGUUGAUGGCGAUCAUGGUUUCUGGCCCGCCGGAACUGCUGGUGGCAGUAGUGCAGCUACCGCGACAGCCAAUCCGAACGAGUCUCCCUCUACCUCCAGCGGAGGAGGUGUGCUAGGAAGUACAAGCAAUGACUUCCGGCUGGUCGUGGUGGAGGAUGAAAAUAAAGCAUCUGCCCCCGGCGCCGGUCCUCCGCCUCCGAGCGGAAAGGAACCUGGCACGAACGUGUCGCCCAGCAAGAGAGGAACAAGAAACCCGCCGAAAGCAAUCCGAACGGGAGAAGAAGAUGACAGCGCAGCUGAGGUAAGAAGUCACCUAGACAUUGACCUGGAAUCCGGAGUUCGCGAACCGCUCGAGCGUAGAGAUUCCUCAACGGUGCCGGAUGACGGGGCGAUUACCCCCAACCGCCCGCUCACUUUCGAUUUGGACAGUUUCGAACACGUGGCGAAGGAGCUCGGGCAGAAGGCCGUCGAGGAAGCACAGCGAGUCGCGCGGGGAGCGAAGAAGGUCGGCAAGGACCUUCAGAAGAAAGUCGGCCGGGCAUUAGGUAAUGACUAUGACAGAUCUUUUGCUUUUCUUGCUCUUGGAGGCCAGUGGCCUGCAUAUGGUGCAUUUCGUCUGUGAACCUCAUCUGACUAAAGAUUUUGCAAAAGGACUCUGGCUGCUCCUCUGAUCACGCACUCCUGCUGAUUCAGAUUGAAGGUUUCCAAGAGUUUAAAUUGCGAUUGACAUUUUUAUGACACAUCGGCACCUGCUGCGACAAGUUCAAGAACGAGCACAAGUCGAUUUGAUUCUUUGCUUCACGUAGUUCACGUGAAAAACAAAAACUAAAACCGACCAUUAGGUUUGACCCUGUCGCCUAAGGGAGUGAAGUUCGACUUCAAAAAAAGUGAGUGCAUCCAGGCUGCCAUUGACAUCAUCCUGGAGACGCGGUUGAUGGAUUAUGUCCCCUGCCUCAUGCUGAAUGCCGACAUCUUCUACGGACCCCUUGGGGCACCCGGCUUUUUUGCCCCACGAUUCAUAGAUGGCGAGUUCUUUGCGCAACAAUGCGCACGCGUCCCGAAAGCCUGGCUCAGUCUGGGCUGGAUGACCACCGACUUCGCCAUACGAAACCGGCACUACAGGUACGUAAUUGGUACAUUUGAUUGCCUGUUUCAACAUUUGCAACACCUUAUUCUUUCAGUUUCAAAUACUUUUACUCCGCCAUCCUCAUUCUCAUCCUAGCUUCAGUCCCUCACAGUGACACUUAGUGACGCUGAGGAUUCGAUCUUCGCAGCAAGUCUGAUUAAAUAACCAGGACUCAAAUAAUCGAGCGCAUGUUGGAGCUGUGCGAGAAAGAGAUAUGUUGGGACCCGAUUCUGAAGAGACACCGAAGUUUACGCGACACGGUGGACCACAUCACUUUUGCGGUCAACGCCCCCUAUGUCUUGCGCAGUCGUAAAAACCUUCGGUCCAUCCUUCUGGACAACUUGCCCAACUCUUCGCUGACGGUGUUCACCGGCACGGGCUCCCUGGGCAUCACGGAAACCACACUAGGCAAGAUCACAACCGAAUUUGACGACAGCCGACUCUUCAUCGACGUGAAAACGCAAACCUGGGUCGGUCUGCUGUGCUCCUGCUUCUUCUGCUGCGGAGGCUCCGCAGCUUCGCGACAAACAAUUUCGCUUGCGGAUCCUGAGUCAACCGAAGCGCUGCGCGCUGAGCUCUACCAACGAAUCAUGCGCAUGCGCAGCGGUAUAAAUUUUUUUGUCUGAAGCUUGCAUCCACGCGAUCGCCGAUGCUCUUAGUUGUGGACGACAAAAGUAAGUAUAUUGAAAUUUUUGAUUGGAGCUCCUUUGUUCUUCACAGUCAGCAAUUCCAACGCAAAGCACAAUUUCACAGUUGUUGGCAUUACCGCAGACGAGGACAUGGAUGACGACGAGGAGCUCCUGGAUGAGGUGACAGACGACGAAGAGGAUGCCAGUCAGCAGAUGCGCGUGAAGAUUCAUGACGAGGCCAAGAUUGACCCCGACCACUACCGCCUCUCCCCGCGGGGCGGCCGCGCGGGCGUUGCCGAUGCCACAUCCGGAUCCUCUUUGGCAACGAAAGCCACUCGCGCGGUCGGCAAGUACCUGCUGCCAGCCACGGCAGGAGGAGGUUCCUCGGCCUCCAGUCGUGGCAAGUACCAGGCUCUAAACGAGAACUUGUUGCCUGCCGGCGCCGACGAAGAAAUCGACAGCACGCCCAGUCAAAGCCCCACGGCGUCCACAAAAGGCUCGGCCUCGACCACUCCAGCAUUUGGCGCAGCUGCAACUACCUCCUCCGCGUCUGCCGUUUCUGCGUCCUCCAAGACCGCUAAAAGGCCGCCGUCAGGAACGGUUACUGCUUCAGCCGCGUCGACAGCAGCGAGCGGCCAGCAGGUCAGAAGAAAGUUUGAACCGCCACCGCUCACAACCUCCACAACAGCCGCGGCAAGAACAGCAGCUCCUGCUGACGAGAGUACCGCAAAGCUGCUACAAACAACAUCUGGACGUGAAGGUGGUCCGUUAACCCCGGAGGACGACGACGAAAAUAACGAGAAAUCGAAGCUGUUGACGUCGGAAGAGAUCGUCGCUCCACCCAACCCGCGCUCACCCGAAAGCAAGCAGCUUGAGGGCGAGCAUUCGGCGUUGCUCAGAAAUAAUGGAAGCAAAGAUCAUCCGCCUACAAUAGUAUCUUCCGUCCUUUCAAUGCCCGGCGUAGUAGGUACUAGCUCUAGCGCAAGAAACGUGCACCUAAUAACUUCGACAUCUUCAAAGCGCGACCACCACACCAGCUCGUCCACAGGUUCGAUGUCGACGCGCAGCCAGGUACCGACGGUAUCUUCCCAGAGCAGUCUUCUUACAAACUUCGAGCCAAAGUCGCCACGAACCGAGUUCGUCCGCAUUGAAUCCGAAACGGACGAAAGCAAUCUACCGUCGUCCGCCUCAAAACGGCGGCCAGCCGAACGCGACCGGGAUGUGUAGGUCCAGAGGAAAGCGUCGCCCGUGCCUUGGUUGUUGCACACCAAAAAUCAUUUUCCCUGCUGCCGCCGACACGUUCCCGUUCAAUGGAGAACAUCAUUAUAACGGCCUUCUGCUUUCUGGUGCCUUCAACUUCAUCUCAACGGUUCUAUCGACUUGUGGAGACAAGAAUGAGCAAGCAGUUGGAUGAUCUUACACUCGGGAUCGUCUUCUACGACCAACUACCCAUCUUCCGGGUACGUACUACUGCGCAUCUUCCAUCGAGGGUUCUUUAUGGCACCCUUGCGACAAAGCCAAAGCGAAUUUUCAUCUUCACACAGCGCCAAAGCCAAAGCGGUAAAGCAAUGUAAGAUUAUGCUAAUUGUGUUCAUCGCCAUGAUAGAGAAAGACCAGAAUAAACGAGUCCCAGAAAAAACAAGACCACGAAAAAUCGAACAUGUAGGAUCAUUGGAAUCGUCUACUACACACGGAGUACGUGAUGUACGACUGGGGAUGAAACCGUUAUAAUUUAUUGUUGCGCCAGGGGACGGUGCAGCACCGUCGAGACGAAGUCGGAGUCAUGUAAUGUACAUUUGGCUUUCUUUGAAAAGCGGAUGAUAUUUCAAACAACCUAAAUCUUCCAAAGGCACGGACGAUACAUCUCGUUCAAAGCGAAAUCCGCAAUAAGCGACAGCGAGACAUAGACGACUGUACGUAGUUUGUUUUCGAACAACGCUAGUAUCAAGGAGGUAUUUGGCUCUCAUUCAUUCGCAGCGCAGCCGUAUCGCUAUCGGGUGGGAUUGUGAAAGACAA